UUGUUUUCUCUGGAAGCUAGCGGAGCCGAGCAUGCGUGUUAAGCUACAACAUGGAAGGAGAAAAAGAAAUUCAUCCUGUCCCUUCAUCGAUGAAGGCAAAUGUUUGGGCACACUUCGGCUUCUACAAAUCCCGGGGUAAGGAGCUUGAUGUCAUGUUUGAAAGCCACACAGCCAUGAAUGUGAAUAUGAUGUUCCACGCUGUAGCAGACGAAUGGAAUCUGACCGUCGCGGAUGUGGUGAUAGUGACAGACAACGCUGCAAACAUGCUAGCUGCUGUGCAGCUUGGGAACUUCACUCACAUCCCUUGCUUUGCACACACCUUAGACCUGGCUGCCCAACGAGCAUUGAAGCUCAACACUGUGUCACGACUUCUUGGGAGGAUAAGGCGAGUAACUGGGUUUUUCCACCGAAGCCCCAUUGCCAGCCACACACUCCAGGAGAAACAGAAACUUCUGCAGUUACCAGCACACAAGCUAAAAACGGACGUAGCAACAAGAUGGAACAGUGCUUAUGAGAUGGUGGAGAGAUUUUUGGAGCAGCAGCCAGCAAUCUGCGCUGCUCUCCUCUCUCCUCAGGUGCGAAAAGGUGGAAGCUCAGGGGACAUCUGCACCCUCACCGAAAAUGACAUCUCCACUGCUGAGGAAAUGGCAAAAGCACUGAAGCCCUUAAAGGAGGCAACCAACAUCAUGUCUGAGGAUUCUUCACCAACACUGUCUGUGACUGCACCACUGCUUGCUCAGCUGCUUCACGACACCAAAGCCAGCUCUGCUGAAGAUGAUGCACCGCUAGUUCAGGAAAUAAAAGUUGCCAUUCAUGAAGACCUGUCAAAAAGAUACACAAGUGUUCAGAUGAAAAACAGUCUACUAAUUUCCUCCACACUGGAUCCCCGGUUUAAAGCCCUGCCCUUCCUCAGCAGAGAGGAGCAACAGCUCAUCCACGGCAAAGUGGUUACAGAGGCUGCUGCUCUAGAGAAAGAUGUGGGGCCUGCUGCAGUUGGAGCUGAAAACCCAGACACCACAGAGGAAGAAAGUCCUCCCGCCCCUAAAAGAGCAUCAGCACUUGUUUCCUUGCUUGGAAAGACAUUUACUGAGGUAAACGUUGUCCCCAAAACAACCAGCACCAAAGCUGAGGAGGAGCUGAAGAAGUACCUGGAAGCCCCUCCACUGUCUCUUGCAGAGAACCCCCUUCAGUGGUGGAGUUCCCAUGAAGCAGCUUUCCCUCUCCUGGGUAAAUUAGCCAAACGCUACCUAUGUAUCCCUGGCACCAGUGUUGCAGCCGAAAGGGUUUUUUCCACUGCAGGGGACAUUGUAACUGCACAAAGGAGCAACCUAUCUCCAGACCAUGUUGACCAACUAGUCUUUUUGCAAAAAAACUUAAAAAUUGUUAAUGAUGGAGAUGAACCCUCAUCCACAGCAUGAGGAGAUUGUCCAGCUCCUGCUUUUGCUAGUGUUACAAUCAAAAACUUUUUCUAAAUAAGACUAUUAUUUGUGUUUAUGUAAAAUGUUUUGAUUCAAGUUACUGCAUCAAGAAAUCUCUUUAAAAUGUUGAUGUUUUGAUGCAUAAGUUAAGGGACAAAUGUUUAAUGUUCUAGUCUCAGUUUACAUUACCCUGUCUGGUCAUUUCUUUUUUGUAAUCAAUGAUGAGUAAGUGCUGAACAUUUUUUUCAGAAGUUUUAGAAGAACAGGUUGUUUAAGUUUUGAAUACACUGUUAAAUGAGUACUGCAAUGUUUAUUUAUUUACUGAUUUGAGAUGCACUCAGGGUUUUUUAAGUUACCAAAGUGAGUACUGUUUAUUUUAGUAGUCUCAAAAUUUGAAUGUGCACUACCUUUAUAUAUUUGUUUUAACUUAUUUGAACUUAUAUUUGUUUUCUUUAUAAGAUGAUAAUUGUGUUUUUUAUUUUCCUAUUCUGUCAUUUGAGAUGCUCUCAAAUACUUAGUUUUUAAGCUGGGUUAUUUUUUUUUCAGACCCAAAUUUUCCUGACUGAAUUUUUUGUAAUUACAUAAGUUUGAAAAGUCUUUCACUGCCGUUGAAAUGUUGAAAUAAUAUGUUUGCACAGUAUCAUAAAUAAAUGCCAUUUCAGUAUCAAAGAAUGCCUUUGUGUUUUACAUUUCUGAAUUGAGAAUCGAGAAUCGAUUCAGAAUCGAAUCGGCACCCCAAGAAUCGGAAUCGAAUCGUGAGUUGUUGUAAGAUUCCCAUCCCUAUGAAUUUCCAUCAGUUUUUGUGCUGGUCUCACAUAAAUACAUGCGAAUAACAUCUGCCAUGUUUUAAAACAUCAACAUCGAGGAACCAAGCUAGCAUGCU